AUGGCUGCACUGGGCGGCUGCAGGAUACGCUGGGCUCUCCUGGGCGCGCGGGCGCUGGGCCGUGGCCUCUGCCCACCGGGGGCCAGGGCCAAAGCCGCGCUGCCCGCCGCCCUGCCCGCCGCCAGUGCGGCCGCUGCUCGCGGGACCAGGCCUGGCGACCGGCAGCUGCGGAGCCCCGAAGAGCUGCGGGGCCCCGGGCAGCUGCGCUACUUGUUCCAGCUGCUGGUACAAGGCUACGCGCUGAACUUGCACACUCUGCAGAUGCUGAGUAAGGCCAAGUAUGGGCCAAUCUGGAAAACCUAUAUAGGACCUCAAACCCACGUGAACCUGGCCAGUCCCCAACUCUUGGAACAAGUGAUGCGGCAGGAGGGAAAAUACCCAAUGCGCAAUGACAUGGUGCUGUGGAAGGAGCACCGGGACCAGCAUGGCCUGUCCUAUGGGCCCUUCACCACGGAAGGGCAUGAAUGGUACCAGAUGCGCCAGGCUCUGAACCAGCGGAUAUUGAAGCCAGCAGAUGCUGCACUCUAUACUCAGUCUAUGAAUGAGGUGAUCAAUGACCUUCUGACUCGGCUGGACCAGAUUCGGGCCGAGAGUGCAUCAGGGGACCAUGUACCCGAUUUGGCCAACCUCUUCUACCACUUUGCCUCAGAAGCUAUUUGCUACAUCCUGUUUGAAAAACGUAUUGGCUGCCUGGAGCCAUCUAUCCCCGAAGACACGUUGGCCUUCAUCAGGUCGAUUGGACUUAUGUUCCAGAACUCUCUGUAUGCCACGUUCCUCCCCAAAUGGACUCGUCCCCUGCUACCCUUCUGGAAGCGAUACCUGGAUGGCUGGGACACUAUCUUUGCCUUCGGAAGGAAGCUGAUUGAUCAGAAAUUUAAGGAUGUGGAGGCUCAACUGCAAUUAGGGGAUCCAGCUGGGGUCCAGGUAUCUGGCUACCUGCACUUCCUGCUGACCAGUGGACAGCUCAGUCUUCACGAGGCCAUAGGCUGCCUGGCUGAGCUGCUCAUGGCUGGAGUGGACACGACAUCUAACACCCUGACAUGGGCCCUCUACCAUCUGUCUAAAAGCCCUGAGAUCCAAGAGGCCUUGUAUAAGGAGGUGGUGAACGUGGUGCCAGCUGGGCAGGUGCCGCAAUACAAAGACUUUGUUCAUAUGCCUCUGGUCAAAGCUGUGAUUAAGGAGACCCUGCGUCUCUAUCCUGUGGUCCCCACAAACUCCCGGGUCAUUGUCGAAAAGGAAGUUGAAGUUGGUGGCUACCUCUUCCCCAAGAAUACCCAGUUUGUAUUCUGCCACUAUGUGGUGUCCCGGGACCCUGACAUCUUCCCUGAGCCUGAGCGCUUCGAGCCCCGUCGCUGGCUGAGGACUAGCCAGCCUGAUGCCCUGGGCGCCAGCCACCCAUUUGGCUCUGUGCCCUUUGGCUAUGGGGUCCGGGCUUGCCUGGGCCGCAGGAUCGCUGAACUGGAGAUGUACUUGGUGCUAACAAGGCUUAUCCAGAAGUACGAGAUCAUGCUGGCCCCAGAGACAGGGGAGUUGAAGAGUGUCUACCGCAUCGUCCUGGUUCCCCACAAGAAGGUGGGCCUGCACUUUGUACCAAGACAGGGCUGA